AUGCUGUCAUCGGCCCCUUCCCUUCCACUCGACGUGGUCGACGAGGUCUUCCAACACUUAGCUCUGGCAUUUGUGCCCCUUGGCGGCGGCAGGGCCGUCAAGGAGGCCACCCUGGGCCCUAGGGAUGAAGACGAAGGGGAUGGCGACGAGGAUGACGAGGAUGACGAGGAUGGUAACCAAGAUUGGCCUCCUGAGGAUUUUGACCCGGAUGACUGGAAAUACACCUACAACUAUCUACCCGGACCGAUUUCGUCAGAGGAGUGGUCUCGCUUCAAGUACUACGCGCAGUUCAUUCGCGUCCUUCAGUACACCAUAGACGAGAAACUAGACCCAUCUGUUUUCUUCUAUCUUCAUCAGCACACACAAGGCCAGCCACUCUUCCCAAACCUUCUCAAGGUCGAGUGGGACCAUGCCGUGUCGGAACUCGUCUCAGUCAUAUCGCCGAGCAUACGGACUCUUCGGCUUUCGGACAACGACGAAGCCGAGGAGAACAACUGCAGGCCGAACGAGUUGGGGUACCGCAUGCGCCGGCAUGCGUUCAAGACGGUGCUCCCUGGCAUCCUCCGCAGGAUGCCAGAGCUACGGAAACUCGAGCUUCGGUCGCUACGUCAUGUGGGCUUCUGGGAGCAGUUUGUGGCGCCAUCCACAGGUCAGUUCGUCGCGCAGAACAUCCAAAUCCUUCACAUAUCGGAAACCCUCCCCGUCCUCUUUCACGGUGCCCUUCCUAUCAUCUCUACGAUCUCGCAGCUUCAAGAACUCAGCAUCGACUCUCAUCACGACCGGGAUGAUAUAAUCGAGCCCCACAUAUGGGGGAGCGAUCUUGAAUUCGAAAGCCUGCGUCACCUACGAAUUGACGGGCCUAUGGGUGCUGUUACGACACUUGUCGACGUGAUCAACGCGCCCAAGCUGAGCCUCCUCAAGUUGCGUGGCACAUUUUAUGCCGAAUCUUCGCAGGACGAGGGGCUAUUUGGCUCUAUCGUGGACACAUUGGGCAAACGGAACACGGGAUCCUUGCGGACGGUCCAGAUUAGAGUGCAAAAUCUUGGAAGACGACGCCGCGCGGCCCGUCCUGACCAAGCGAUAUCCGUGCCAUUAAACGAUGCCAUCAGACCAUUACUACUCCUACACGACCUCGAGGAGCUCUGCAUCGACGCGUCCGGCAUCGCAGACACUAGCAUUCUGGAACCUACUGUGCUGGCGGCGUGGCCAGCACUUCAAAAACUAUCCCUGGUGCAGCUGAUACUCACCCCAGAGACCCUCCAGGCCGUGGUACACAGCCAUCCUCGCCUGAAGACACUGGAGGCACUGCACCUGUCGGAGGAAUUCCUCAACUUGAAGCUGCCUCCGGUGGUCUCGAGCGCGUCUGGCGGUCCACGUCUUCGUGAUGUACCGCGUUCGAACAUCACAGAACACGGGCUCGAAGAGUUACACCUCCGCGACCCAAACCAGAUACCAGAUCCUGUGGACGUCAACAGGAUUGCGCAUUUCCUGAGCCACCUGUUCCCGCGGCUUUGCCCCGAGCGAUCCUACCGGCCUUGGGAGCGUAUGUCGUCCGGCGAGUGCUGGAUCAAGAUAAUGAAAGAAGUGGCAAACCUGCAGGCGGAGCUGCAGCUCGGGGCACAGUCGUACGUCAUGACCUCGCGUUGCGCGCUCAUGCAGGUGCAACUACGAGUCACGGAGGCGGCUGUCGGUGAGGCGAGAAGUCUUCAGAAGAUCGUCAAGUGA